AGUUAAUUCCAGCGCGCGUGCCGGGUCCACUUUCGACUUUCCCUCGUGUCAAUUGAGUGCACCUGCCGGGAAAACCCGCUGUAAAGGUGGAAGGUGGCCCGGGCGGACAAAGUCGAGCUCGCCUGGGACAGCUUGUGUUUUUUGUGUAUGAUAACAUCGUGCAGCGCAUCUAAAUCUAAACACCUCGUCGACUUCUAAUCGCUCAAACGCCCAACGAUUCGAUUCGACUCGUGGCCUCAUCCCAUCAAUUGUCUGGCCGCAUCAUCAAAAGCUAGGCUUCCAUCCAAGAUGUUCAAGCUCGCUCGCAGCAGUGCCGCGGCUACGGCCUUCCGAUCAGCUGCCAAGCCCCAGCUGUCUGCCGCCUCCAGAUUCCCCAGCCUUGUUCAACAACAAAGAAGGAAUUUGAGCAUUCACGAGUACCUCUCGGCCGAUCUUCUGCGCCAGUAUGGCAUCGAUGUCCCCAAGGGCAAGAACGCCACCUCGGCCGCCGAGGCCGAGGCUAUCGCAAAGGAGAUCGGAAACGACGACUUGGUCAUCAAGGCCCAGGUCCUGGCCGGUGGCCGUGGAAAGGGCAGCUUCGACAACGGCCUGAAGGGUGGUGUUCGCGUCAUUUACUCUCCUACCGAGGCCAAGAUGUUCGCCGAGCAGAUGAUUGGCCACAAGCUCGUCACCAAGCAGACCGGUGCGGCUGGCCGCCUCUGCAACUCAGUCUACAUCUGCGAGCGCAAGUUCGCCCGCAGGGAGUUCUACCUCGCCGUCCUCAUGGACCGUGCCUCUCAGGGACCCGUCAUCGUCUCUUCGUCGCAGGGUGGUAUGGAUAUCGAGGGUGUCGCCAAGGAGAACCCCGACGCUAUCAACACCAACUACAUCGACAUCAACGUUGGCGUCACUGACGAGAUCGCCCGCGAAAUCGCUACCAAGCUUGGUUUCAGCGAGCAGUGCAUUGAGGAGGCCAAGGACACCAUCCAGAAGCUGUACAAGAUCUUCCUCGAGAAGGAUGCCACUCAGAUCGAGAUCAACCCUCUGUCCGAGACCUCGGAUCACAAGGUCAUGUGCAUGGAUGCCAAGUUUGGUUUCGAUGACAACGCCGACUACCGCCAGAAGGACAUCUUCUCGUGGCGCGACACCACCCAGGAGGACCCUGAGGAGGUCCGCGCUGCCCUGUCUGGCCUCAACUUCAUCAAGCUCGAUGGUGACAUUGGCUGCUUGGUCAACGGUGCCGGUCUCGCCAUGGCUACCAUGGACAUCAUCAAGCUGAACGGUGGUCAACCCGCUAACUUCUUGGACGUUGGUGGUGGUGCUACCCCUGCCGCUAUCAAGGAGGCUUUCGAGCUCAUCACCAGCGACCCCAAGGUCACUGCUGUCUUCGUUAACAUCUUCGGUGGUAUUGUCAGAUGCGACGCCAUUGCCACUGGUCUCGUCCAGACCGUCCAGGCCCUGAACCUCAAGAUCCCCAUCAUUGCUCGUCUGCAGGGAACCAACGUCGAGAAGGCUCACGAGAUUAUCAACAACUCCGGCAUGAAGAUCUUCUCCAUUGACGACCUGCAAAGCGCAGCCGAGAAAUCGGUGCAGCUCUCCAAGGUUGUGAAGAUGGCACGUGAUAUUGAUGUUGGUGUCGAGUUUAGCUUGGGUAUCUAAGGAUGGGCAUAGAAUUGUAAAACUGUACUAACUUUUUCAGACACGAUAUCCUAGGAUGUGCGAUAAGGAGGUUGGCAUUAGAUUUGGGCGGUCUGUGGUUGACUGCAUACAUGCAUUCUCGUAUUUCCUUGUUCACAGCUAUGCAUAAUGAUCAUAUCUGAAUACCCGAAGAUUACUCUUG